AUGAGGACGGGGGAGAGUGGCCUGACUGUCUUCCGCCUGCUGACGAAGGAGAACCGCUGGAAGUGGGUGCAGGCCAACGCCCGGCUGGUCUACAAGAACGGCAAACCCGAGUACAUCGUGGUGACCCAGAGACCCCUCGUAGAUGAAGAAGGAGGAGAGCACCUUCGGCAACGGUCCGUGCAUCUUCCCUUCACCUUUGCGACAGGAGAAGCACUCUUAUACCAAAAUACUUACCCUCUCCCGGGCUCCCCUAGCCCUUUCCAGAGCAAAGGGAAAGCCAGCAAGUCCAAGAAGACCUCCCAGAGCGACAGAGGGUGCUCCCAGAAGGAUGACAUCAAUCCCAGUUCUCUGCUGGGCGCCGUGAUGCAACAGGACCAGGCAGUGUACGUCUCCCAUCCAGCUCCCCACCCCAGCCACUCCUUCAGCAGCCGUUUUAUGGACCACCUCGAGGAUGUGUCCUUGCUGGAUGCAGGAGGAGAUGCCUGGAGUAUGGGUGCUGCUCCAGUUUCUUCAAGGGGGGACAGCCUCAACGAGGAACUUGUGGAUUUGCAGCAGGACCACCCUCUCUUGGCCAUCUUGGACUCACUCUCAAUUAAGAAUGAUGAGAGCUGUUCCAACAACGAGCUCUUCAGUGUUCUGGAGGGCCUGGGGCUGAAUGCUGAGGACCUGGAGCUCCUGCUGUUGGAUGAGAAAACGGUGAAGGUCCAUACGGACCCUGACCACAUCCCAUCCUUGAACGACUGCCUCGCCAGCAACGAGAUUCUCUCCUACAUCCACACCAGGCUGGUGAACAAGUACGAUGGAGGACAACAGGUCUGUCCCCUGCCAGGCCCAUCCUCGAGCUCAUGUGGAGGCACCGCUACGUACCAGGCCCAGGUGGAGGACAAGGACUCGCAGUACCUGCCCCAGCACGUGGCCCAGCCCAGCAUUGCCCUGGGGCAGCCCCCUGCUCCGCUGUGGGAACAGCCCCUCCACACCACACCGGGGCAGCUGCCCCCACCGGUGCCAGAUGAGGAGGAGGAGGAGGAGGAAGAGCCGUGUGAUGGUUUGCAGUGGAGGCCAGCUGAGGAGGAGGGUCUGCCACGCUUCCUCCAGCCACGAUGGGCCACCUCGUGGGACAAGGCACCUGGUUCACCACCAGGAACCCCCUGCCCGUGGGAGCCACCUGGGGCUCAGCAGCUGGAGGGUGACUUCGUGGCCGUGCAUCCCACCCAAGAGGAUGCUCAUGGGUCCUUCUCCCUGCCCAGCCAGUGCCAGGGCCAUGUGGGACCACCCAGCCGGCCAAAACACCGUCCCUUGCUGAUGAACAGGCUGUGUGGCCACAGCCCUGACUCUGCUCCUCACCUCCUUCCCAGCAGCAGCCCCAGCCCGUGGCAGGACUAUGUUUCCCCACUCCUGGGGUCCCCAGUUCAGACUGGUUUUUAUGGCAUCAGCCAAGAGUUGAUCUCCCAGCAGCAGGGCUGCGUGGGAGCGGGGCCCGGCGUGCCGAGGGUACAAUUCAACCUGGAUGGGUUACGUGGCGUGGAUACUGCAGGCAGCAGGGGCUCCCAGGAAGAGAUGGCUCCAUACUCCAGGUGUUUCCCCUCCUCCUCCUCCUCCUCCUCCUCCUCAUACCAGCUGAUCCCUGAGAAGCAGCCGAGCCCUGUUCCCUCCAUGCCCCAGCGUCCUUUUCCCAGCUCAUCUGCCGAGCGCUGCGGGAGCCCCUGGGAGACCCCUGUGAAUCCCUAUGGGACAUUCACCUCCACGCUGAGCCAGGAGAGCAGGCACAAGGGAGUCAUUCCAGCCAUGCACUGCCUGAAGGUGCUCGUGUUUCCCCCGGCGCUCCCCUGGGACUCUCUGGAGAUCACCCAGUGCUGGUGGGGAGCCUGGUUCCCCCCUGCCAGCCACAUCCCCAGGCAGAAGCGCUGCCAGAUCACCCUCACGUCUCCAGCAGUGACUUCUGUCUCUAAGAGAGAAAGACCAGACUGGACAAAGCUGGACUAUUCCUCGGGGAAGGAGCUGCCAUCAAGUUGCAGAGAACCCAACCAUUCCCUGGCCACGCAGGUCCUGCCCUCGCUCUUCAUGUUGGAUGCUUUGGCUCA